AUUCUUUGUUCUUCUAAUCGUUUUUUUCUUCCUCUUUUUUGAUUCUUUGUUCUCGAAUUGGUUGUUAAACCAUAAUUUCCCAUGGGUUAACAUCUCUUUUUUGAGAGUCGUAGAAAGAAAUAGAGAAUAAGGUUGAUAACUUUAUUCCCUCAGUCGAAGAAUACUACUGUUCUUGUUCUUGAACCAGUGAUCAAUUACAUUGUUACAAUUAAGUAAUUAACCCAUAAACUAUAAUCUGCCAAAAAGAUUUGAUUUUGAUAUGGGUGGCUGUUUUUCAUCGAACCAAGAAGCGAAUGAUGCAAAGCAAUUGCCAACGAAUUGGGAAAAGGGUUCAUACCCUCAUCAUCCCAGCAUACUUAUUUCUGCUUUGUGUAGAUGAAUUUAAAUUUGGUGAUAAUCUGGAUCAUAAGGGCAUAACAUUCACAAAAGAUGGAGAAACAGCACAUGGUGUUGUACAAUUUACUUUUCGUGAGCUUGCUACUGCAACUAAGAAUUUUUGUAUAGAGAGUUUUAUGGGAGAAGAUGAUUUCGGGUGUGUUUACAAAGGUCGUUUGGAAAGAAGCGGACAGGUGGUUUCAGUGCAGCAUCGUCAUCGAAUCUGUGAUCAAGGAAUCAUAGAGUUUUUUAAAGAGGUUAUGAAGCUUAGCCUUUUUCAUCAUGCAAAUCUUGUAAACUUGAUCGGUUAUUGUACUUAUGGAGACCACCUUCUCCUUGUUCACAAGUUUGUGCCUUUGGGAUCACUCAAAGAUCAUUUACAUGAUCUUUUGCCAGAUCAAAAACCAUUAGACUGGAACACAAGGAUGAAGAUUGCAGUUGGUGUAGCCAAGGGUUUGGAAUAUCUUCAUAAAACAUCAAAUCCCUCUGUUGUAUACAGAGACCUAAAACCAUCGAACAUUCUUCUUGAUGAAGGAUACCAACCAAAAUUGUCAAAUUUUAAGCUUGGAAAACACACUCCAUUUGACAAUUUAACCUCAUGCCCUUCUUUUAGGGUAGAUGGAACAUAUACCCAUUGUGCCCCUGAAGGUCCGAUAAUCUUUGAUUCAGAUGUGUAUAGUUUUGGACUCAUUUUCCUUGAACUCAUCACAGGUCGAAAAGUCAUUGACUACACCCGACCUUAUGAAGAACAGUGUCUUGUUUAUUGGGCACGGCCACUUUUGAAAGAUAGGAAAAAGUAUGCGGAAAUGGCGGAUCCAUUGCUGGAAGGGCGAUAUCCACCGAAAAGACUUAAAGAAGCACUUGUUGUUGCAGCAAUGUGUAUUCAGGAAGGGAUUGCUGCAAGGCCUGACAUUAGUUCUGUUGUGGCUGCUUUAACAUAUAUAGCUUCAUCAACUUACGACCCUAAUGCCUAAGUGUCAAAACAGAAACGAAGAUUGUGGGUUGUGGGUUUGACUUAAUGUACUUAACAGGGCAUGUAAGGUUGUAAG